AUGAUUGCAAGUUUGGCGACGGUUGUGCUGUUCGCCGCCGGCGUAUGCGGCAAUGGUGCAUCGCCGUCGGGGACAUCGCAUAUGAUGGUCUCUAAGAUGAGAAUAGCCGAUCUCGAGACCUUAGCCAACGGAUACGCGUACAAUCAACUAGGGCGCUUUCCGGUCUCGUACGUGCGGUACACCAAUCACGGAAGCGGACAUUACUACCAUGCACCGGCGCCGGUGCAUUACGUCGUCGGCAGUCCUGCACCUGUUGCGCCCGUCGUUUCUGAAACUGCGUCACCGCACGAACCCGUUCUGCUCACGUAUGCGACUGCGAAGCACGAAAUUGCGCGCCAGCCUUACUCGCACGAUGGUUUCAUUAAUUAUGGUGCGGGCCAAUUAGCGAAAUACGCGCAGUCACUUGAGCCGCCUAAGCUAGUUCCUCGGGCGCCGUAUUAUGCGUCUGACGCAUCUAGACCAAGCGAGACGAAUAGAAAUAUCGACAAAAGGAGCGACAUUGAGGCAAGUGAAAAUGAAAAGGAUAAUGAUUAUGACAGCGAUGACGAAAAUAACGACGACGAAAAAGAAGAGGCUAAAGAUCACGUGACUGAGAACCGCGAGAAAGCGGCUGAUUUUAUAGCGACUCAUCCUAUUCAGGGUCUCGACAACCCUCGUUCAGAUAUCGACGUUUCGUUCGAACUCGGCGAAAAGUAUUCGACUGUGCGGAAUUCCGCUCAUGGAGAAAAGGGUGACAAAGGGUACAACAAACGAGUGGAAUUUGACGUGGGUGAACGUGGGCAGCAUGAUAAAAGCAGGCAACAAGAACAUUAUGAUAUCGAAACUGGGAACAAAAAGGGGCGUAGCGACGUAACCGAGAAUUAUGGGCGCUAUGACGAGACUGAGAGAGGUGAGAAGGGUAGCAGCUAUGGGCAAACGUCAUACCACAAAAAGGGGCAAAAGACCAGCGGCUUUCAUAAAGUCUACCACAAGGAUGAAUAUAAAAAACUCACCGAUUUCUAUGACGAGAACCACAAGAAAGGUUAUUUCGACAAGCACGUCGUUGCUGACGAACAUCAUAAUGCUGCUGAAGGCGAUUUCAAGAAAGGCGGAUAUCACGAGUCUGGGUUCGGGUAUGAAAAUGAUGGAAAAAAAGGCUUUUACGACAAAGAGCAUACACAAAAUCGCGAUCAUGGUUAUAACAAGGAGAAAGGUGAAAACUCCUUUUAUAAUAAUUAUAAAAGUUACGGCUCCGACGAAGACGCGCAUUUAACUAAAAAGCAUGAAUACGAAAAAAACUGA